UGAUGGGCCUCACGCCGGCGCACUGAACUCACAGGGCGGGCCUGGAGGCGGUGGGUUGUGGUUCCGGUUCCGUCGCGGAGACACGUGAAGGUCGGUGCUUUGCUGCGGAGUUCCUCUCUGCACGCGUGGCGGAGCUGGGAUGGAUGCCUCUUCGUCUUCGUCCGCGGCAGGUUUGGGCUCGGUGGACCCUCAGCUGCAGCACUUCAUCGAAGUGGAGACUCAGAAGCAGCGCUUCCAGCAGCUGGUGCACCAGAUGACGGAACUUUGUUGGGAGAAGUGCAUGGACAAGCCUGGGCCAAAGUUGGACAGUCGGGCUGAGGCCUGUUUUGUGAACUGCGUUGAGCGCUUCAUUGAUACAAGCCAGUUCAUCUUGAAUCGACUGGAACAGACCCAGAAAACCAAGCCAAUUUUCUCAGAAAGCCUUUCUGACUGAUCUCAGAAUUACCUCUUUGGAAAAGGAAGGUAGUUCAAGAAAUGAAGAGCUGUUGAUGGGAUAGUUGAAGAAAAGGCUAUGGGGGGAUUGGCUCCCACCUUUGUCACUCUUGGGACAUCCUGUCGUCUGAGAAUGAACAAAGACCAAUUGUGUGUGUGUGUGUGUGUGUGUGUGUGUGUGCGCGCUCGCGCGCACGCACGCGCGUGUGCUUUGAGGAUCAUGUGUAUUUGGCUGUGUUUUUUAAUGCUAAUGUUGUUAAAACAAUUGACAGAUGAAUGGAAAACUACUAGAUGCAUAUUACUGUAUGUGGGACUGUGCUUUCUCAAAGUCCCAUUAAUUGCUCCCUAUAAUUUUGAUAGUGGAACUGCUUUCUCUAAUUUGAUAGUGGGACCACAUAGGUACAAUCUGUCAUUUGCAUGGAUUCAUUUCAGAUUUCUGGGGAGAUUGUUGUACAUCUUUGUGUCUUUCAGAAAGGGCAACAGUGGGCAAAGAGUAAUUUGCUACUUAACUGUAGGCCUCCUCAUCUAGUGAUCUAUCAGUGCUGGAAAAAAAAAUCUAUGAGAUGUUAAUACAAUAUACUUCAGCUUUCUAGAUUAUCUCCCUUAUGCUGUGAUUUACUUCUGUAAGGUGUGGUCUCAAGAUAGUACAGGUAGCUUGAGUGCCUAGAGGCCUUUGGUUAUAAAGGAAUCUAGCCAGUAAGCAUAAUACUCAUUACUAAACUGCCACGAGAAAGAAGCUUACUUACACUUUAUAUCAGGGUUGAAAAAAUUCAAAGAUGUGCCUAAAUAGGUUGUAAAGAUUUAGGCCAGUCAAGAACUAACAGCAGUUUCAGGUAGAGGUGCAUGCCUAAUGUUAAUCAGUAUAGGUUCCAUUUAUUGCAUCCUUUUAAUCACUGAAAUAAAAGCUUCUACAAAAUUCAA